AUGAGCGACUCAACAAGUGCAGCCUACAAUGGAUUGGAAGAUUUUAUCCUCGAUCCGAUAGGCAUUGCUCUUCAGGCCACGAUUGGCGACGAGCAGACGGCGUAUAAGGAUCCUGAGAAGCAAGAGCGAUACUCUCUCUUCGAGUCCGGCACCAUCGAUAUCUGGGAGAGCAAUGACGGUGCCGACGUGUUUCAUCGGUCUUAUCCCAUCUCUCGCAGACUACCGGAGGACUUGUUUGAAUCCUUUCAUCCACAGGUUCCUAGAGGUCAGCGUCUGGCCAUGAGAUUGCUCCUCACACGACCCGUCAUGGGGAGCAACCAAUAUGCGCGCAUCGAUGAUCUUGGACCUACGGGGGACAGACAGAUUAACUAUCUACCCUUUGCAGCCAGCGAAAUGCAAAGACUGAUCCGGCAAUGGGAUCUCAACCCCGAAUAUGUGUGGAUGAGACUCAAUUCCCGCGAGGUGGGCAAUUUCUAUCGCAAGACUUCAUGGAAUUUUGAUCUAUCAAACCCGCAAGCCAGGCGACUUGCACUUGUCAUCCAUUUUCCAUUUGUACUUCGGCCCGCACGAAGACUGAAGUAUAUUGCCGACCGUAAGGGAGGCCAGGUUCAGAUCCCUUCUCGCAGGACAGCCAAGUCGGACUACAACCCACGACGCGAUGAUCCCUUUAUCUGGUCGUUUGCGAUGUCACACUCCUUGUUAAAUGGACAAACCAGGGGCCUGAUUGAUGGUGUCACCGAAUUCGCAUUCGGCGAUAUCAUGCGCCGCUUACAAGAGACGCGCGAACCAUAUUAUGCUCACCCACUCAACGUACCCGUGGUAUUGCUCAGCAUUUUCUUCGACCACAUCGCGUGGGAGAUAGGCAGAUUAUGCCAGGCUGUUCGACAAUUCGAGAUCCUCUCACGAGACGCCCAGAUCAGCUCGUUGGAGGACUACGACACCAUCACCACCGAACUUCAAUAUGCACGACGCUCUCUGGACUUUCAAUUGUCGCUGUCGAAGUUCCUGCUCGAGACGUCCAAGUUCCUGGAAGAGAAGAUCUUUGCUAGGACAGUGACAACGGAUCGCGAAGGCGGUAUGAUCGAGCAGUACCGUAUGUAUGUGUUUCAGACCAAUCCUCAUAUUGAAGAGAAGUUGAACAACAUCCAAAAUCUCAUCGAGAAUAAUCUUUCGACUUGCCAAUAUCUGCAAUCCAGGACGAGAGAUGCUCUUGACUAUAUCAAAGGACAGAUAGCAUGGUACGACAGCCGCGCAUCCAACGACGACGCCGAAAGCAACAAGACCAUGUCCUUCCUGCAAAUGGUGUUCCUCCCCUCAACCUUCGUUGCCGCCAUCAUCUCCAUGAACUUCUUCUCCUUCGAUUCCAACCCGCCCAAAGUCUCCGGCUACAUCUGGAUCUUCUUCCUCGUGGCACUCGUGCUGACCGCCGGAGUCAUUGCGACGUACUUCCUGUGGAAGAAGCGAAACCAGAUGAAGAAAGAUGCCGCGGAGGCGAAACAGCUGAAGAUGAAGGAGGAAUGGAUGGCGCAUAGAGGCGAGGCCGGGUCAGAAGCUAGCGAUGGGCCGGGCGAUGAUAGCUACGAUGAGCGAGGGCACAGGAAGAGACGGAGGAGGAAGAGGGCGAAAUCUAAACCGAUGGAUGCUGAGGAUCUGAACCUGGGUGCUACCCGCAGUAGGGAAAAGUGA